AUGGCUUCCACCCUGCUUCCGCCCUGCUUCCGCCCUGCUUCCGCCCUGUUUCCACCCUGCUUCCACCCUGCUUCCACAUGGCUUCCGCCCUGCUUCCACAUGGCUUCCGCCCUGCUUCCACCCCGUUUCCGCCCUGCUUCCGCCCUGCUUCCGCCCUGCUUCCGCCCUGCUUCCACCCUGUUUCCACCCUGCUUCCACCCUGCUUCCACAUGGCUUCCGCCCUGCUUCCACCCUGCUUCCGCCCUGCUUCCACCCUGUUUCCACCCUGCUUCCACCCUGCUUCCACAUGGCUUCCACCCUGCUUCCACCCUGCUUCCACCCUGCUUCCACAUGGCUUCCGCCCUGCUUCCGCCCUGCUUCCGCCCUGCUUCCGCCCUGUUUCCGCCCUGUUUCCGCCCUGCUUCCGCCCUGCUUCCACAUGGCUUCCGCCCUGCUUCCGCCCUGCUUCCGCCCUGCUUCCACAUGGCUUCCGCCCUGCUUCCGCCCUGCUUCCACCCUGCUUCCACAUGGCUUCCGCCCUGCUUCCGCCCUGCUUCCGCCCUGCUUCCGCCCUGCUUCCGCCCUGCUUCCGCCCUGCUUCCACCCUGUUUCCGCCCUGCUUCCACCCUGCUUCCGCCCUGCUUCCACAUGGCUUCCGCCCUGCUUCCGCCCUGCUUCCACAUGGUUUCCGCCCUGCUUCCACCCUGUUUCAACCCUGCUUCCACAUGGCUUCCACCCUGCUUCCGCCCUGCUUCCGCCCUGCUUCCGCCCUGCUUCCACAUGGCUUCCGCCCUGCUUCCGCCCUGCUUCCACCCUGCUUCCACAUGGCUUACGCCCUGCUUCCGCCCUGCUUCCGCCCUGUUUCCGCCCUGCUUCCGCCCUGCUUCCGCCCUGCUUCCGCCCUGCUUCCACCCUGUUUCCGCCCUCCUUCUACAUGGCUUCCACCCUGUUUCCACCCUGCUUCCACCCUGCUUCCACCCUGCUUCCACCCUGCUUCCACCCUGCUUCCACCCUGUUUCCGCCCUGCUUCCACCCUGCUUCUCCCAGUCUGGGGAGAACCAAAAAAACCUAAUGUGA